AGUGCAUUUUGUCCUUAAAAUAAUUUGGCAUUUUAUUUCGGAAAGUAAUAUUUUGGGGCCCAUAGUUAUAUAAUCUAGUUAUUGGGCUCCUAAUUUAAAUAUUGGCCCAACUUUGCCGUUCAAAAUUAAUUACUUUCCGGCACACUAAUUACGCUUUGCCCUUCGUUACAACUUCCAACUUACAACAACUGCGCCGCCCUAGCCACAGCCGGAGCGCAAUGACCGCCGCCAGAAGGAUGAGAGGAUUCAAGCGGUGGAUGAAGUGUCACGGCAUAGAAUGCAGCGACGCCCUCCUCCUCUCAGCCGAAAAUGCCGCCGGCGCCGACGGCGCGGCCGAAGAUUCCUCGCAGUCGCUGUCGAUCUCCGUCAAGGCGCUGUGCGAUUUGAAGGAAGGCGACGUCGUUGCGACGAUUCCCAAGCAGAGCUGCCUCACCGUGAAGACUUCCGCCGCCAGCGACCUCAUCGAGGAGGCGGAGCUAGGUGGAGAUUUGGGGCUCGCCGUUGCCAUCAUGUUCGAGAGGAGCCUCGGCACCAAAUCGAAGUGGUUCCAGUACUUCCAAAUACUGCCUCCAUUCGAGCCCAUUCCAUUGCUUUGGUCUAUCCCCGAAAUUGACUCUCUGCUCUCCGGCACCGAACUACACAAGAUAAUUAAAGAAGACAAGGCUCUGGUGUGCCAAGACUGGAAGGAUUAUAUCAAACCCCUUUUGGAUUCAGAUUCUCUUGAGCUGAAUCCAGAUUUUUUCACUGUCGAUGAAUAUCUCGCUGCGAAGAGUCUAAUUGCUUCGCGAUCAUUUCAGAUAGAUGAGUACCAUGGUUCUGGAAUGGUCCCUCUAGCUGAUCUCUUUAAUCACAAGACAGCUGCUGAGGAUGUACAUUUCACAUCUGUAUCUUCUAGUUCAGAAUCUGAUACUGACACUGAAAGCGAAAAUGAAAAUGAAAAUGCCAACGAUGAAAACAGUGGAGAUGAUGAGCCUGUAGCUCCCGAUUUUGAUUCAGUAACAGAAGGGUUUAGUGAAGGUGACCUGGAACUUUCUUCAACUUCAGAAAACGAACCAACAUUUCUGGAAAUGAUCAUGAUUAAAGAUGUCAAUGCUGGAUCCGAGGUGUUCAAUACAUAUGGAUCUUUGGGCAAUGCUGCUCUUCUGCAUAGAUACGGAUUUACAGAACCCGAUAAUCCAUUCGAUAUUCUGAAUAUAGAUUUAGAUAUCGUUGUCCAAUGGAGUUCAUCUCUGUUUUCUCGCCGUCACAGUAGAAGAAGGCUCUCACUCUGGAGAAAGUUGAACUUGUCUGGAAGUGGGAGCGAAGAUUCCGAUUAUUUUGAAAUAUCAUUUAAUGGGGAACCUGAAUUGGAGUUACUGCUCUUGCUCUACGUAAUAUUGCUACCCGAGGAGAAAAUCCAAGAACUCGGUCUUGCAUCAUCGUCCACGUCAGAGGUCAAAGAAACUCCGAGUUUUCUGUCAAACAAAGAUCCAGAAUCCAGAAAGAAACUGUUACUGACGAAAAGUGUUUGCCGAGCUCUUUUAUCACUCGCAGAUGCUCGUGAAAGUUUAUAUGGGAGGCUAAAUUCUCUGGAAGAAGACGUCAGAUUAUUUAAUGGGUGUUGCCAUGCAGUUGAUUCAAAAUUGUAUCAUUCUUUAAUGCUGCGUAUUAGUGAGAGGAGAAUACUCGAAAAGCUUCGAUCUUUUGCUUCAUCUGGAGCUGGGAAUUUUAGGAAAAAUAGUCAAACAAGAACGAGGAAAAGAGCGAAGAGGACAUAACCUGGUCGUAGUACCACCUUCCUUAUUCAUGCCAGAGAAUUUUGAUACUCUGCAGAAAUUACUUGUUCCGAUUCGAGACCAGGACAAAUGCAGGGUCAAUACAAAAAACAUCUUCGUUAACUUGUACUGUUCGUUGUUGAUUUAUUUAUUGUUGUACUUUUUUUUUUCUUUCCUUUAUAAGUUAAUGUUGGAGUUGCUCUAAUAUUGCUCUAAUAUUUUCUGGCUGAAGUUCAUUCAACUUGGUUUUCAGUUAGCAAUAA